UCCUCGGCGAGCUCAGCCUAAAAAAUACAGCUUUGUUGCUUUCUGCCUAAUGGAAGGGUCCUAAGCUCUCUCUCUCUCUCUCUCUCUCUCUUCUUUCUCUGCUUUUACUUUGAUGCUUUGUUUGCAUUUUCCUUGAGAAUUCAGAAAAAGGGUUCGUCGGUCUUCUCUUCCUUGUCUGAUCCACACAAGUUCCUCAGUAGUGUAGUUGCUAAUGUCUCCACCACUAUUGGGUGGUGAGGAGGAAGGGCAGAGCAAUGGGUCUAUGGUAGCUUUUUCACGCUCUAUGGACUGUAUCUCUCAUAACGGUUCUGGACUGAAAGAACGUAACUACCUAGGAUUGUCAGAUUGUUCUUCAGUCGACAGCUCCACGGUCUCGAACUUGUCAGAGGGGACGAAGAACAAUCUGAACUUUAAGGCUACGGAGUUGAGGCUUGGUCUUCCUGGAUCCCAAUCACCAGAACGGGAACCUGAUCUUUGCUUGUUGAACUCGGGGAAACUUGACGAGAAGCCACUGUUUCCUUUGCUUCCUUCAAAAGAUGGAAUCUGCUCCUCAUCACAGAAGAAUGGCAACAAAAGGGGCUUUGCUGACACUAUGGAUGGAUUCUCAGAGGUGAAAAGUAAUGCAUAUACUGAAGGAAAUUGGAUGUUUCAUGCAGCUGGCUCUGAUUCUGAAUCUCCAGAAUCUGUUGGACAGGGGAAGUUUCCCGUGAAUUCAAUCAAUGUAAUGCUAUCAUCCAGGCCUUCUGGGAGUCAGCCAACCAUAACAAAAGAAGCACGCACUAAACAAGAACAAUCUAAUGCUACAAACGGAGGCAGCCAUAACCCUUUGGGUGCUUCUAACAAUGGAAGUGCCCCAGCUGCUAAGGCACAAGUUGUUGGAUGGCCGCCAAUUAGAUCAUUUAGGAAGAAUUCUCUAGCCACUACGUCAAAGAACAAUGAUGAAGUGAAUGGAAAACCUGGUCCCGGUGGACUUUUUGUCAAGGUCAGCAUGGAUGGGGCUCCCUACCUGAGGAAGGUAGACCUGAGAACCUACUCUACAUAUCAAGAUCUGUCUUCUGCUCUGGAAAAGAUGUUCAGCUGUUUUACCAUAGGGCAAUACGGGUCCCAUGGAGCUCCGGGGAGGGAAAGACUGAGUGAGAGUAAGCUGAGAGAUCUUCUUCACGGAUCAGAAUAUGUGCUUACAUAUGAGGAUAAGGAUGGUGACUGGAUGCUUGUUGGGGAUGUCCCAUGGGAGAUGUUUAUUGACACAUGCAAGAGGUUGAAGAUAAUGAAGGGCUCCGAUGCCAUUGGUUUAGCUCCUAGGGCCAUGGAGAAAUCCAAGAACCGGAACUAGCCAGUGGCUGAUAUCAAAGUGAACAUCUGAGCUGUGGGGAAAGAGGAGUGAGCUGCAAAAGUCGGAACUUGGAAGGAAGAACGCUGGCUGGAUGGUAGCAUCACGUCGAGUAACUUGUUGAUGUUUUGAUGUUUGAGUUGGGUCGUGUCGAGUCUGUUAUUAUAAAACAUCUUAAAACUGGUUAAGACUGUUAGUAAUUUGUGGAGUUUAUUAAUGUUAUAGCCAAUUUAGUUGAAGUUGUUUAA